CACUAAUCCACAUUGAAUAUACUUAUUCGUUUUGUGCACAUUUUAAAAGCUUUUUAGUGUACGUGUAAAAUACACAGAUUUCAUGAUGAAAACGCACAUUUUCUUUAUAACCUUUUCUAUCCUGAUAUUAUUGCAUGGGCAUGAUGUGGUAUGUCCGUUUGUGACAUUUGUGCCAAAUAUUCUAGUAGCAGGCGACGUAGUUGGUGUAAAUUACAAACAAAGCGAUCUAAACUCAAAACAAUAUCUUAUGAUUAUUGAAACAAAUUCAGAACAAGAUCUGAUAGCUACUAGAGAUUAUGAAAUGCUGUUAAAAGGAGAAAUCGUUGAACAUCUUAGUAUACGUAAUUCUGAUUACUUGAAAAAAGUUAAGAAACUUAUCGAAGAUAAAUUAUUGGAGGAAUCGACACUAGAUUAUGCUAAAAACCGUCUCUUGGUUUUAAGUGACGAUGACUUCCAUACAAAAAAAGCUUCUGAUAACUUGGACAAUGUUAAGCAGUUUGUUGAAGGUAAAUCGAAACAAGCUUUUGCUGAAGGACGUCAUGCUGCAGCAAAAAGCCCCAAAGAAACUUCUGUAAGAACGAGUAAGGAAUGGGAAAUAUUUGAAUGAAAUAAACACUCUGAGUAGUUUGUCACAUUUUUUUUCUUUAAAAAAUAUUACCUAAACAUGAUUGAUGUAUGUUACAUAAUUUUUUCCAAAAGUAAAAUAAAUAAUUAUAAUAUUAUUUAAUCGACGUGAA